AUGGCAGCUGCAAUUGCCUCGUCUUGUCAACCAGACACACCCAUCAAAGGCCGAAAAGCAUCUACCACACCAUCAGCAUCCGCCGCUGAGCUGGCACAAUGGAUCACGGAUCUGGUAACCGAGCAGCAGCAGCAGCAGCAGCAGCAGGGGAAGCAGCGCCAGGCGUCAAAACAGCAUCAGCAAACGAAGCAGCAGGAGCAAGCUGUUGGGGGGAACGCCAGUCUGAGGCUGUGCAUUGUGGUCCACAAUCUGGACGCUCCCCCUCUGAGAGCAUCACCUGCAUGCAUCACCCUGCUCUCGCUCCUUGCUGCCUGCCCUGCAAUCGCUGUCAUCGCCUCAGUCGACCACGUGCUCUCCUCCGCAUGUGAGUUGGUAGCAUGCGGCGUUUGGGCAGCUGUAGCAGAGAACAUGCCAGUCCGAGGCUGUGCAUGUGGUCCACAAUCUGGACGCACCCCCUCUGAGAACGUCGCCUGCCUGCGUCUCCCUGCUCACUCUCCUUGCCACCUGCCCUGCAAUCGCUGUCAUCGCCUCUGUCGACCACUAUUUGACCGUCAGACCCUCUCUCUCUUCAACUUCGCCACCCAUCACGUGGUGACACGUGGCGCCUACACCAAGGAGGCCUCCGCCUUCUCCCCCGCCACCCUUUCCCACACACCAUCCGCCUCUGCUGCAGCACAAGCCGCCCUGCUGGUCCUCCGCAGCCUUCCCCCCAACGCCUGCCAGAUAUUCUCCCUCAUUGCCCAGCCGUUUCUGCCAAGUGCUGCUGGUGGUAGUAAAGGCAGAGGCAGUGCAGGGGGCUCUGCUGGUGGCGGUUCUGGUGGUGGUGGGGGGGACGGGGAUGGGGAGGAGGAAGGUGGUGGUACAGGCCAGAGAAACCAGCCUCAAGGUGCCCUUUCUCCCUGCUCCUCCUUUCUCCCUGCUCCUCCUUUCUCCCUGCUCCUCCUUUCUCCCUGCUCCUCCUUUCUCCCUGCUCCUCUUUUUCCCUGUUCCUCCUUUUUCCCUGCUCCUGCUUUUUCCCUGCUCCUCCUUUCUCCCUGCUCCUCCUUUCUCCCUGCUCCUCCUUUCUCCCUGCUCCUCCUUUCUACCUGCCUCUCCCUUCUCCCUGCCCCUCCCUUCUCCCUGCUCUUUCGCCUUUCCUGUCCCACAUCCCUGCCUUUCGCCCAGCUCUACUCCCUCAGCCGCACGCGCUUUCUGGUUACCAGCGAGGUGACGUUGCGGGCGCACCUAAGAGAGUUUGAGGACCACGCUCUGGUGAGGGUGUUCAGACAGGCGGAUGGGACAGAGAGCGUGGGGCUGCUGCUGCCUGUGGGCGCUCUGACUCAUGUGAUGGAGCAGCUGGGUGGGAAGUGA